UUUCUCGGAACAAUUCACCAUGAAUUAUAAAUGUAUAUAUUUAUAACUGUUUGUAAUUAAACCUUUAUGUUUAUGUCACUGUGUGACGUCAGUGUGGGUGUGGCGUUAGGAGGAGGCGGAGCGGAGCUACGGGUCAAAGUUUCAACAGCACGAGACCUUUGUCGUUUUUCACUCAGACUGACUGAAACUUCCGCGGAUUCACAGAAACGUUAUCUACACGAUCCUGAUUGGUCCAGACCAAUAGGUGAGAAGGAUGUCUUCAGUACAGGUGGAGUGUGUAGUGAAAUCCAGCGCCCUGAUUGGUGAAGGACCAGUGUGGGAGGAGUCAGAGCAGAUGCUGCUGUUUGUUGACAUUGCUGGAAAGAAGAUUCACCGCUGGAGUCCAAGAACCAAUCAGAUCCAGUCUGUGGAGACCGGUGACACAGUGAGCUUUGCCGUCCCUCGGAGGUCCGGUGGUUAUGUAGCAGGUGUGGGUCGCAGCAUCGUGGCUGUUGAUUGGUCGACUGAAGCGAUGACAUCACUGGUGGAGGUGGAUGAGGACAAACCAAACAAUAGACUGAACGACGGGAAGGUGGACGUGAUUGGUCGACUGUUGGCAGGUACAAUGGGGACAGAGCAGCGACCUGCGGAGGUUCAGAGACGACAGGGGGCGCUGUUCUCCGUGACGUCAGACCUCAGAGUGACAUCACAACUGAGCCAGGUGGACAUAUCUAAUGGAAUGGACUGGUCUUUGGAUCACAAGACAUUUUUCUAUAUUGACUCUUUGUCUCUGACGGUCGAUGCCUUCGAUUACGACUUGAACACUGGUCGCCUAGGUAACCGUCGUAUGGUAUACUCUAUGCAGGAGGGGGAGGGGCUCCCUGACGGGAUGACGGUUGAUGCAGAAGGUCGUCUCUGGGUCGCCUGUUACAACGGAGGAAGAGUCAUCAACAUCGAUCCUGCUACUGGUGUGCGGCUGAAGACCGUCUCUCUCCCAGUGAUGAAGAUCACUUCCUGUUGUUUUGGAGGUCCAGAUUACUCUGACCUCUAUGUGACCUCAGCUAGUCUUGGCCUCGACCAAUCAGAGAGCAGACAGCAGCCACUGGCCGGACACACCUUCAGGGUGAGAGGACUUGGGGUCAAAGGUCGACCUUCAAACGCAUUCUCAGGAUGAUACUCAAGCAAAUCAUAUCACAGAUAAUCGACAGGAAGUGUCUCAUCAAUCAAUGUGCUGAUCAAUAAUCUAUAACCUCACAAAUUAAUUGAUAUGAGUUAACAUUGUGGAAUUCAGUGUGAGGAAAACUUUUUAACAAAUACUUUUAUAUAAAGUUUGUACAAAGAAAUGGUGUAGACUGACAGCCAAUGAGAAAAAAGCAGACUGACUUCAACGUUCAACAGCUAAUCAGAGUCAACUUCACAUUUCCUGUAAAAAUGAAAAUAAAAGUGACAUAUUGAUGUUGAACAUA